AUGGGAGCGGCGGUGCUUCCAGUCCUCCCGCUUCCUCUCCCCACCCCCGGGCCGGGCGGGCGGCAACGCUGCACCCGGCGGGCAGAGCGCGGCCCCUUCUCCGCCUCCGCGGCAACACCUGCGGGGAGGGGGAUGCCGUUGGGCGGCCGCCCCCGUGGGCUGGCAGGCGGGCCGGGCCCGGGGCCGCCCAUUCGAGAGCGAGAGGAAGAGAAAGGAGCGGGAGGAGAGCGGGGAAGUUGUGUCUCGCCGGGAGCCGGAGCCAUGAGCCCCGCCGGGGGGGCGCGGGCCGCCCCCUCGUUGCUGUUCUCGCUGCUGUUGGCGGCCUCGGCCCCGCUCUGGCUACGAGCGGAGAAGAUGGGAGAUGGAUGUGGGCAUGUGGUGAUGUAUCAGGACAGCGGGACCCUGGCAUCCAAGAACUAUCCCGGGACAUAUCCAAACUACACACUUUGUGAAAAGAAAAUCCAAGUACCUCAGGGAAAACGCCUGAUCUUAAAAAUUGGAGACCUGGAUAUUGAAUCACAGAAGUGUGAAUCCAGCUACCUUACCAUCCUGAGUUCUUCAACGAUGCAUGGACCCUACUGUGGUAAUAUGAUGCCUGUCCCCAAAGAAAUCAUUUUGGACAGCAAUGAAGCAACUAUCCACUUUGAGAGUGGAUCCCAUAUAUCAGGACGAGGCUUUCUGUUAUCUUAUGCCAGCAGUGAUCACCCAGAUCUAAUCACAUGUCUGGAACGAGCAAACCACUAUACAAAGACUGAAUACAGCAGAUACUGUCCUGCUGGCUGCAGAGACAUAGCAGGUGACAUUUCUGGGAAUAUAGAAGAAGGAUACAGAGAUACCUCACUGCUGUGCAAGUCGGCGAUACACGCAGGUGUUAUUGCAGAUGAACUGGGCGGUCAGAUCAGUGUCACCCAGCAGAAGGGCAUCAGCCGCUAUGAAGGCGUUGUCGCCAAUGGUAUCUCCUCACAUGAUGGUUCGCUGUCAGAUAAGCGGUUUAUGUUUACUUCAAACGGCUGCAAUAGAUCUCUCAGUCUGGAAGAAGGAUUCCUCUCCAAGAGCCAGAUCACUGCAUCUUCCUACUGGGAGGAGACCAACGAAUUUGGACAGCUAUUCCAGUGGUCUCCUGACAAGGCGUGGCUUCAAGUCCUGGGACUGGCUUGGGCCUCUAACCACAGCAGUAGUCAUGAAUGGUUGGAGAUAGACUUGGGAGAGAAGAAGAGAAUAACAGGGAUCAAAACCACUGGUUCUGGACCCACUAUGCAGAAUUUUAAUUUCUAUGUGAAGACAUUUAUAUUGAACUACAGAAAUAACAACUCGAAAUGGAGAACUUACAGAGGAAUUCUAAGCAAUGAAGAAAAGGUAUUCCAAGGCAACUCCGACUCUGGUGACGUUGUACGUAAUAAUUUCAUUCCCCCAAUCGUGGCCCGUUAUGUGCGAAUUAUUCCUCAGUCUUGGAACCAACGGAUAGCAUUGAAGCUUGAGCUGAUUGGUUGUCGAAUAAUGCAAGUGAAUAGUUCAUUUACACAUUCAAUGUGGCAAAAAACAAGUCAGAGCACAGAAACCUCCCUUGGGAAAGAAGACAGAACUGUUACAGAGCCCAUCCCAUCAGAAGAAACCAAUUUAGGCUUAAAGCUUACAGCUAUAAUUGUCCCAGUCCUCAUAGUGCUGUGUCUGUUCCUGUUCUCUGGAAUUUGUAUCUGUGCAGCCCUACGAAAGCAAGAAGCCAAAGGACUUUCUUAUGGAUUAUCCAAUGCUCAGAAAUCAGGUUGUUGGAAACAGAUCAAGCAGCCCUUCACCAGACAUCAGUCAACUGAAUUUACCAUUAGCUAUAAUAAUGAGAAGGAGACACCACAAAAACUAGAUCUGGUCACAAGCGACAUGGCAGAUUAUCAGCAGCCUCUCAUGAUCGGAACUGGGACAGUAACGCGGAAAGGAUCUACUUUCAGACCCAUGGACACAGAAGAAGAGGGAAGAAGGGGGAGUGCAGAGUUUGAAAACCACUACCACUGCCCGCACAGAGCCAACCGGCACGAGUACGCUCUGCCCCUGACCAGCCAGGAGCCUGAAUAUGCCACCCCCAUCAUUGAGCGGCACGUCACCAGAGAAAAUAACUUUCCCUCUGAAAAUGGCUACAACAUACCUGUAAUAUCCUCACAGAAACAUUCCCUUUCUGCCGGCAGUUUCUCUGGCUCAUGUAAGACUGAUACCAGGAAUGGAGACUAUCAGACACCCCAGAGCGUAAUAAACUACGACAAACCUAAAGCCAACGGUAUUCUGACCUCUGUGAGCUAUAGUACGGACUACCAGAAACCUCAGCCGAACGUGCUAGGGAGUGAGGGUUACUCAACACCCAGAGACUGCCUGAACCCGAUAAGCCAGACAGCAAUGACAGCUCUCUUGUGAUCCGCUAAGAUAGAGAGACGUGGUGCACAGGAAUGUCGCUGCGCAGCUUCCAAAGUGAAAACAGAGUUUUAAAGGAUUCUGCUGCAGAAGGCAGAAGGCAAACAAACCCUGUGUACAUAAUAUUGCAGUCUUGCUGGGUUCUGACAUCUGAAGAAAGCAUAUGCUGUUUAUCACUGUUUAUAUCAAAAGAGAUGUUAUCAGUGAAGACUGUAUAUCUUAUUUCUGUAACUGAUCUCAGUGCUCCGUUUGCAACGUGUGCAAUUUGUACAUAGCUUUUAUUUAAGGAGAGUUUCUUAAGUUUCGUUUUCACCUGUGGAAUUGAAAGGACAAAAGAAAAAAACAACAACAAACCAGCUUCUGCAGAAAUAGCUCUCUCUCUAUUCCACCUCUGUUGUAGAGCAGCUGUAAAUUGUGUAUCUUACAGCUGAUGUGGUUCAGUUCCUUUCCUCUGAAAACUGAAGAUCAUCAUUAUAGUUCCUCUUGGGAGGGCAGAAGUAAAACUGCUUGAAGCGUGAAGUGCACAAGAGAAGGCAGCUGAGCAUUUAAAUACCACGCUCCAUCUCACCUGCCCAGCUGCCUUUCAGCAGCAAUCUGUAGAUGCUUGAAUUUGACCUAGUGUAUGAGCUGAGCCUAACUUGCUAUUCGUAUCAAGUACAGGUAGAAAAGAUGGAACAAGCUUUGGAUUCAAGCCAUAGCGAUCACCUUGCAGACACAUCUGCAAUAGAAACAUGCCAAUCUGCUUUAUCACUGAAUGUGUGUGGAACUAUAAUGUGAAUUUACAGCUAAGAAUUGAAUCCUGUUCAGGCCAUACCUGAUGUUGUUAAUGCUAAACUGUAAGAAAAAUUGUUCCUGGACACAAAGCAGCUCUUCAUUGCUCCACUGGGUAUUCUUCUGUUUGACUAAAUAUUUCAAAUGGAAAUACUACACUAAAUUUGUAAAACUAAAAGACAACAUGGGUAUGGUUCAGUGUUGCACUUAAAUGCAAGACAGUGGCUCAGCACAGUUGUGCUCAAAUAGGUUUUCUUUUGCAGCAGAUGUUACUCAGUUUUAGUUUUGGACAAACUUGAAAAAGGUUGGGGGUGGCUGCAAUGCACAGCUGUUAGCUCCUUUUUCAGCAUAGGUGUCAUUGAAGCCACACAGCUUCAGGUUGGGACUGCAACCAUCCUUUGCCCUGCAGCACUUGGAGCCUUACCUUGAAUUUGAAUGUGUGUCUCAGAAUAUCAAAAAGUUAUAUUCUUCCAAGAGAGAAGAAUGGUGCUACAUUUAAGGCACAAGGUUGGGAAAUUAGCCUGGUAGAAUGUGAGCUCUUGGAAAGUCAGUAUUUCAAGGCCUUGUGUGUUUCCUUGUGUGUAAGCUGGGGAUCAUUUGCAAAGGACGCAGCAAAGAUUUCUUGUUUGUUCACAAAGUGCUGUAAGAGUACAUAAAAGCUGUAAGUGAUACUAGGUACAAAUAUUGCUAACUUGAGCCAUAUCUGACCUUAAGAACAGCUCUUAGUGGGUUCUUCGCAUUUGCUUGUUUUGUAGCCUCAGUGGUGCAGUUCUGUCAUGCCAAAGCACAGUGCAUGCGACUUCCGUGCAAAGAAGAAAGAGUUGAGCUAACCUUGUAGUCCUCCUGCGUUUGCUGUCAAUACAGUUUCUGUGAAUUGUAUAAAACACCUCAGGUUCUGAAGCGAAGCAGCAGCAGCCUGUUUAUUAGACCGAGCUGGGUGGUGUUGUUUACCUUCUGUUGUUUACAUGUCUAUGUAAAUAAAGAACACUGGUAUUUGUAAAUCAGUCACACAGGCCUGGUACUUAACUUGGUGACUUUAUCAUCGCUGCACACCCACUCUUGUCACAUAUCCUGCAGAGUGAGAAGUAACUGUUCCUUAUUCCGUGCAAAAGUGUCAGUUCCGCGGCUGCAAUUUACACUCUCUGUAUGACAGGCUAAAAAAAGCUUAUCCCAGUGCCCCACUUAGCCUGGCUUCUGUGUCCGUAAUCUCUAGAGAAGAAACGCCCACGAACAAACUUCUGUGCCCAGCUCUGCUGCUGGAUGCACAUAAUUGAGGGGAGGAUGAGGCUACCCCCCUGGUGAGACUGAAUCCAAUACUCCACCCACACAGCUAAUUAGCUUGACUUGUCACUUUGCAAACAAGCGGAGCUCAGUAAUCAGAGCUAUUCCCCACAAAGAUAAUGCAGCACGGCAACAGCAGCAGGCAGCUGAUGACAUGGCUUGUGUUAUAACAACCUUUUGGCAUGCCUCAGCCACACGCUUUUUGCAUCUGCAGUGUCAAACUGUUCUUCGUUGCACAUGCCCAUUUUUUGCUGCCAUUCAAACCCAUCUCAGAACAGCUAUUUUAGCUGAAAAAGAUGUUGGGUUUCAAUGUGCAACUUGCCUUCAUCCUCCACUUCUCAAAAAGAACCCAAAAAAACUGUAAAAAGAUAGCUUGGAAUCAAUCCCCAGAUGUCUUCAUUAUUUCUGACUUACAGUGGUGGCUCUGUCAUCACACACACUGCCAGCCACUGCACAGUGCUUCACAGCUCCAAUCUGAGGGAAUGCUGAGGGCAGCUGACACAAACAGCUUGGGGCUUCUUCCCCUCAGCCUGGGGAACAAGGAGUUCUUAGCGACCUAGCAGCAGAUAUGCAGAGGAACUUCUAGUCUCUAUAGUAGUUUCUCCUUCCUGCUACUAAGCCCUUAUGUAGGAAAGAAAAGGGAUGACUGAUCUUCCUGCAGGUGGGGAUUCAUCCUCAUAUUUCUCCUCAGAAUGGUUUCUCACAGGCUGCUCUAGCUCAUUAAUUUCCACAGUGAAAACCAGUUGCAGGUGUAACACAGUCAGACUCAGCAAACAUGGUGUAUUCAAAAAUCUUCCUUCUACAACAAAGAUUCAAACAGGCCCUACUUCAAAACACUAACACACUUAUAAGGGCUGCAUUUGCACUGGAUCUCCCUCCAGUAUGUCAUGAGAUUACGGCAGAACAGAGCCUACCAUCUUUAGGAGACUGACCAUCUGGUUAACAGAGACUUUCAAUAGUGAUUCAGUAUCAAGCUUCUUCCCUGAGCUGGCACUCCUAGUAGUCUGGCACAGUAUAAAUGCAGCAAAGUUCACAAGAAGGUUGAAUAUUAACUGGACACAGCCCUAAGGGUCCACCUGUUCCAGCUGCAGUUGAAGGCAAGCCUCUGACAGUGCUGUGAAUGGGGUCACACUCCGUAAACUAGGCACCUCUAAUCAAAUGAAUUGUAGAAAAUACAGUGCCUUCUAUUAAAAAAAAAAAGAAAAAAACAACACAAAAACCCACAAAAAAUCCUUCCCUCCCACCACCAAAAGUGUUUCCCAAACACCACAACAAAAACACAAAUGUUCAUCACUUUCAUCUCCUUAGACUGGAAAAGACAGCAAAUUCCCCAAAAGAGAAGAGAUUUAGGUUAGGAGGAAAUUCUUUACUUAGAGGCAGUGAGGCGCUGGCACAGCUGCCCAGAGAAACUGUGGGUGCUCCAAGGCCAGGUUGGAGCGGGCCCUGAGUGGCUGAGCUGGGGGCUGGCAUCCCUGCCAAUAGUAGGGGGUGGGACUGGGUGGGCUUUAAGGUCUCAACCCAAACUGUUCUGAGAUUCUACAAUUAAUAUCCUUUAACCUUAAAAUAGUAGCACUGCAUUGCAGCAAUGCCUUCAGAACUAUGCAUACAAAGUCACCACUAAGGUGGCUAUUAAACAAAAUGCAGUUAUUUGUCUGUGCCUCAGCUUUUCCCAAAGCUAGGCAUUUACUUUUAUUUUUUUCUUUUGCCAAAGCCAAUCAUUUUUCUCCAGGCAGUUCCAAUUCAUUUCAGGAGGGUAAGAAAAAGCAAUUAGCUAUGAACAGGAGUUUUGUGACCUCUGUGAGACCACUGAUUCAUUCCUUAGAAGUCAGGCGUUCUCUGAAAAUAAACCUUGUAAAAAUCUGUCACUAUUCUUUCGUUCACUCUCUCCAAAACCAGGUUCAAUUUGCUUAAUGCGCAUGUGUCCUAAGGGCUCCCUUUAGACUGCAAUCAGUCUGGACUCUAGAAAUGACAAGGUUAUAUUACUGCAUUUAUUUUUUCUUUCUUAUUUUCCAUAAUAGAAGUUCCAUACAAGUCUCUUCUUUCCAAUGUCAGUGAUGCUGUAAAGGUUAUACUGACCUCCAACCUCCCCCACAGUAGCAAAGCAUGGGGUAAACAAGCAGAAUUUAUCUUUUCUUUUGAAUCUCAUCAGUGUUGUUGAACGUGACAUCUAUACUGAAAAUUAUCCUACCAUAGCUGUGUGGGGCUAACAAGACUAACAACAUUAUAAAGGAACAGCAGCAAAGCUUAUGAAUCAUUGAAGAAUAAGUUUCAAAGAACAAAUUUAUUUGAAGUUAAGGUACCAUUUCUGCAUGAUCACUUAGAGAAUCCAAAUAGAAACCUCUCCAGAUAAAGUAUUUCUAAACUAGAUAAAGACAAGAAGAAGACAUCCUUAGUCAGAAAAACUCAUGUUAUAAAAGAUAAGGAAGACGCCUAAUAUCUGUUGUUCUAUGUUAUCUUUGUGUAGUCGGGACACAAGAAUUUGGAGGCUUUUUCACUCUAACUUCACAGUAUUUGUUUAAGCUUGGCCUCACACUAUGCAGCUCUAAGGCCUGAUAAACUUUUGCCAUCUACUGUAUGCAGAGGUUAUUCAUAUGUCUUAAGUGGAGUCAACCAUCAUUUAUUUUGACACAAUUACAGAGCAGGCAUGCAACAUCUGUGAGAUUAUCAUCCCGUUUAUUCUUAUACAGUCAAACCAGAAGGAGGAAUCCAGAAAGGAGACAACUUGAUAAAUGUAUAGCACAACAUAAUUUUUCAGCAUAGCAAAAUAUACAAACCAAUACAUGUGACACUACUAACUCUUGUGUCCUGACCACCAUCCGGAACUGAGCUCAGAAAUCCAUAAUUUUGGGUAGACACAAAUUUUUAACAGACCUGAUUUGAAAAGCUGCCUUAAAGAUCCACAUUAUAUCCUCACCUGAAGAGGAAAAAAUAACACUGAAUAUCCAACACUUCUUAUCAUGAAUCUGAGCCAGUAAAAGGAGUGAGAAAACUUGCAAAAUAACACCUUAUUCAAAACUGCCGUGUUCUAUCAGUCAGAUCGGGUAACGACAGACAAUAACAGACUUUAAAAAAUACACACAUUGUUUGGAAGGUAGCAAAAAAUUAAUGCCAAAAUUUAGCCUUCAAAGAACACCCAAAAUAAAUUAACACAAACAACAUAGAAACAAACAGCAGUGGCCGAAGAUUGACAUACUUGAGGGAGCUUAUCAGAAGCCUCCCAAAGAGCUACAUGAGGACUGACAGGGAGCAGAGAUGAUGGUGAUACUGGCCAUGAAGGAAGGGGAACACAUACUGCAGAAAGAUAGUAAGUUACGGUAGCUAUUACUGAACUGUCAGUCUGAAUGAUUCGUUACCCUGAGCAUGCAAGAGAAGCCAUUGCCUUUACAAAUGUAUUUUACACAUCUUAACUUCCAUGGCCCAAACAACCAUUUCAUAGAUCGACAAAAUGAGAGAGACAGAAAAGUUGUCGUUUGACCAGAGUUGUUUCAACAAGUCAAACCCAUCUAAAAAUGUACAGGCCUUUGAGAAGUCACAAACCUGUGAGAAAUUUCUGUCAUGCAGGGAGAGAAGACAUAGGUGAUGAAGACUAAGACGUGCUAGCAGGCCUUACUUGAAGAGGCAGGUUUUCUUCACAUUUAUGGCUAAGCUUUUUAUCCUUAAAUGAUACCAUCUGUUCUGACAGACAGUUUUAUAAAAUUUGAAUAAGGUGACCUCAAUAGAGGAUUCUUGUGAUGUGGAAGAAUGAGAGUCAUACAUGGAUGUGAAAAGGUUGUGGACAGCUCAUGUAGUUUCUCUUCCACAGGUACCUAAACACAUACAGCACUGUCACAAAAGACAGAACUCAUCCCUUUUGACACUCACAACACAUAGCCACCCAUGAUUUCUGUAACAAUGCUGCCAUAACUUCUCUAUAUCUUAUAAAUACCUGGCAUAUGGCAUUCAGAAAAAUGCCCCUUUAGAAUCUGUAGUUCAUUUAUACAGUUAACUUCUGACAGAUUAGCACAAGGUAUCCCCUCUGAUUAUAGCACAGUCACAUCACUGUAUGAGGAUCAGCAUCGAGGACACAAAUGUUUUAUGCAACAGAACAUUCAGCUGAUAAGGUCACUUGAUCACCUGGCUAAUGACAACAGACACCAUUUGGUGAACAUUGGAAACAACAGCACUAGGAAGAAGAUUACAGAAGGUCUUCCUCUUUCCUUCUGACCAAAAGCCUUCAGUGUGAAACUAGACUAAACUAGUGUGAAGGAGGGAAGAUUUAGGUUGGAUGUUAGGGGGAAGUUCUUUACUAUGAGAGUGGUUAGGCCCUGGAACGGGCUGCCCAGGGACGUUGUGGAUGCCCCGUCCUUGGACGUGUUUAAGGCCAGGUUGGACGGGGUCCUGGGCAACCUGAUCUGAAUGUGUAUGUUUGGUGGCCCUGCUAGGCAGGGGGGUUGGAACUACAUGAUCCUUGAGGUCCCUUCCAACUCGGGUGAUUCUGUGAUUCUGUGAUAGACAAGAACAAAAUGUUAUGUUCAUCACUUUUUUUUUUUUUGCUACUCCUCGUCAUCAAAUCUCAAUGCAGUUGGACAUGAUGGGCAGCCUCAGUUCCAGCAGAAAUGCCAGGAACAGCACAAGGCCGGUUGUAGAGCGUGAUUGAAGGGCACUCACAAAACAUAAGCAGGGGAGUCUGCAAACCUACCCAAUAACUCAUUUUGUGUUUUAUCAGUGCUUUGGCCCAGUCUUUCAGAAGCACUUAAUCCGCCCAGGAAGAUCAAAACUUGUACCAUGAGCGUGUAAGAGAACACUCAUUUUUUAAAGUAACUGACAGAGAAAUAAAAGAAUUCUUUAAGAAAUCAUGAUUCAUGUGUGUGUGUUCAUGUGUUCCUGUACGUAUGCUGCACAGAUACAGAGAACAAUGUUUGGUUUACAUUAUUUCACCAGGAAAGCAUUUGUUACAGGACACUAACUAGACUGAAUGUUUGUUCUUAUAAGAGUAAACAUGACUAGAAAUAGUUUUAAAGAACAACGUUUUUCUAUUUUUAAAGUUUUUUUAAACACACACACACACAAACCAGCAACAAAAGAAUCCGCGAACAGCAGAGAAUAGGACCUUUCCCAGUCCAGUUAAUGCUGAAGAUUUGCAAGAAGUUGCUGCCCCCUUUUGGCUCUAAAUACAAGUACAAGUAUCGUGCACUAAAAAAGAAUUAGGAUUCUGAUUACAAAUAGGAUUCGCCAAGAAACAGAAAAGUUUUGGAUUUGUAAAUAGCAUAACGCUGAGGUAGCACAAAUUAAACUUAACUACUUAACAAGGUCACUCGAGACGACUACUUUAACUUACUAUAACACUAAAGCUACUAAGAUACAGAGUGUAUGAAAUCUAAUGAGCAGCCUGAUAUAUAACACAUCUCACAAGCCAUCUUAGUAUUCCUUGCUUUAAUAGGAAAAAGAUCACAAUAUAUUUUUUUUCUCAAGAAAAAUACAAUUUAAUAACAAAACAAAUUCAUCAUAUACAACAUCAUAGCCUAAUGGUUCUUGGGUAAUAUUCCCUUAGGGAUACUACUGUGAAAGAAGUGACUCUCAUGUCCUCCCAUGUCCCAGUUUGUUCACUCCAGAGAUCUCACCUUUGUCAGCCAGCAUGCAGUCCCAUCUGAAUUCAGAAACUUCAGAAGGCUAGCAGCUCAUGUGACUGUCAGUAGACCAGGAAGAACCCAGAAUGAAGCCCAGGAGAACCCAAAAGCUUUAACUGCCCUUUCGCAAAGCAAAGGUUAACUGCAGCACUCACCAGAGGUUGAUCCCAAAGGAAGUGAACUGCAACAUCCCACUUCUUGUUGCAAGGAAAAGCAUCCAGGGCAAACACAUCUCCAGAAGUGUAAAGCCAGUACAGAGGACAAGGAACUGCUCUGGUCCAGCAGCCUGAACUUUAAUGCUUCCAUUCCCCUAAACAAAUUAACAAUAAAUACUUGGACAAUAACAAACACCAUUAGAUAAAAUUAUCAUCAUGUCAUUCUGUUCUACUCCAUUUUACAGAAGCAUUACUCAUUCAGGCAUUAAGACAUUUAAUAGGAAAAUUGGGAUUUCAUCAACAGGACUGUAGUAAACAAUUUGAUGACUUAAAACCAAACUGAAAAGUUACCAGAUGUCUAUCAAGCAUCCUUGAUUUAUGACAUUUUCUUAUUGAUAAUCAAAACAUGUCUGUUAACGCCUCUCAUUUAACUCUGCUUAUUCUUAUAUCUUCCUAAUCUUCUAUUUGAGCCCAAGCCAUUGAAAACCUUUCAGUGAAGAGCUGAUGGCUAUGUUGCUGGUGGAGGUAAAUACUGGGGAGACAAAUCAGGCUGUGUUUCACGGGAUGAAGGCAGCAAAGAUCAGGAGCACUGCUUUUGCAUUUCAGAAAGAGAUCAUGAAAAAAAGGGAAGGCAGCAAGACCUGUGAAUGAGGGAGAUGUGAUCGCAAUUUCCAGUAUAAAGUGAAAAGCAAACAAACGAACAAAAAAAAUCCCACCCUUAAACAAAGCAACAAAACAUACAGUUUUAACCAUCUUUCCUGGAUUAUUUUUUAGGGACCAAUGCGUUCCUAAUACAGAUCCCAAAGGGGGUGAGGACAGCAGUAUCCUGCUAAAGAGUCUUUAGAGCACCAGCAGUUGUACUGCUUCUCUUCAGCACAGCUGUGCAAAACAAGACACAAGGCACUAGGCAGAAAGCUAUCAGACAGGCACCAAAUAGCAUCUACAGCUGAUGCAUGAAGGGGAAAAAGAAAAAAAGAAAAAAAAUUAUGUGAAAAAUUUACUCAGGUGAAUCAAGUUUUCCAUUACAAAGGGAGAUUUUGUGAAAAAUAUUCCUUGGACUUAUUCAGACAUCUGGCCUCAAAGCCCAGUUCAUGACUAGCACACCACAGGUGUGGGCAUCAAAAGCAAAGCUACUCUUGCAGCAGGGUACACAAGCAAAUACAGGUAAGGCAAGGCUACUCUUAAGCACAUGAAACAACAACAGCCCUGCCUCAGGGCGGGGGAGAUAUUUUUCCUUCAAACUUUUCCACUUCUUAAUACUUGAAAUCCACUCAAAACAUGAAUGAUGUAGUUUAAAAAGAACUGGAAACAAAACCACUUCAGAGAAGACACAUUCUGGACAACAGGUAAGUAAUUUGCUUUUCAAGUCAUUGGGCUGAGGUUCUGCAUGACAAAAUUGACUUCAUAGUUGAAUCCAACAUCAGGAUGAGCUUUUCUUCUACUACAUAGCAAUCUCUGGUAAAAAAUACAGAGAAACUAUUCAGUGACUACAGACUGCUGCCUGGGCCUGAAGUCAUUCAGCUGGGUACCGAGACACUACGAAAGUUUGCACACUCCUUCUUGAUCCUAGCUGGCAUAAAGAAAGUUAUUUUACUCCUUUCACCAUCUGUUUCAAUCUUCAUUCUCAGUUUUUCACAUAGAGGGUGGUGGCGCACUGCAACAGGUUGCCCAAGGAGGCUGUGGAUGCCCCAUCCCUGGAGGCAUUCAAGACCAGGCUGCUCUGGGCAGCCUGGUCUGGUGGUUGGUGACCCUGCACAUAGCAGGGAGGUUGAAAGUAGAUGAUCAUUGUGAUCCUUUUCAACACAGGCCAUUCUAUGAUUCUGUGAUUACUAUUAAUUCUCUUACUGUUUUAUUAUACUUCAGCCACAUGUAAGUUCUAUCUCCUUACUCUAUUUUUUCCAUCUACUUGUCACCCAUGUAUAAAAAUCACCCUUCUAAAAAUUACAGAGGUAAAAAAUAAAUAGUACAGUUCUAGCCCUCACCAAUUGAGGGUUAGAAACAUCUUUUCAUCCAGCAUGACUCAGCCUUGUCUAUUCAUAGAGUUCCUAUGCCUGCAACCAUUGUACUCACAUGCACUCAAGAAAUCUGGAAGCACUACCACUGUUAAACAAUUACUUACCACAAUUACUAUACCAUUACUUUUAUCUGAGCUCUCUGUAUGGCAUCCAGUUCUGGGUGAACUUGCUGCUCUAGGGAGGGAAGGCCACUUAAAUAUAAGUCAGAGAUUAAAAAAAAAAAAAAAAAAAAAAA